UACAUGACGCGCUUCCUAGCGACGUGACGGCAAUGGACGGGGCAACAAUAGCUUAGAGUCUAGCUCUCAAUAUAUUGGCUUUUCAUCGCAUCACACUUCGGAUGAUGCAGGCCUACUGUCAGCAAAUGUACUAGCGUUAGAACAGAUUUCAACUAUUGCAGGUGAAAACCAAGAUAGCACAGCGGAAGCUAUUCGAAGACAGUUGUGAUGUAGAGCAAAGAAAAACAUGAAGUUGCGUCUCUCAUCAGGAUUCUCCUGUUCUUUGAUUAAGUUUUAAUAAACAACUCUACCUUUUGGACUCAACAGCGCGUAGGUCUUCAUAGUUUAGAUAUAGACAUUCAUUAAAGCGCCAUGCCACCGAAGAAGAAAGGAGGAAAGAAGAAGGGCAAGAAGAGCGGCAAGAAGAGCGGCAAGAAGUCGGCGAGGGCGUCCUCCGCCCCCUCCGGGGCCAAUCUGACCGAAGUCAGCAAGGAAUUCUUCCUGAUCCAGAUACGAGACCUGGAGCAAAGACUCCUCAGAUACCAACGGAAGUGCGACGAAUUAGAAGUCGCCAAUGGAGAAUUCCGUGCUCAGUAUGACCAGAUGAGCACAGACAAGAAAGAGAUCGUCGCCUUCCUAAAGAAGCAGCUAGAACAGCGCCAGAAUGACAUCGCAGACCUGAACGACCGGCUGGUGGGGCUCCAGCAGGCCAAGGACGCGGAGAAGGACGGCUACGAGCAGCAACUGGCCCAGCUCAGGACAGAAUUCCAGGAGACCAAGGAUCAGCUGACGUCAGAAAACAUGAUUCUCAGUGGUAAGCUGGCCUCGCUGGAGGAGUUCAAAGUCCAGAAGGAAGACCUGAUGGCCAAGUUUGCCCAGAUGGAGCAGGAGCUGGACAAUCAGCAGCAGGAUCACAAGGAGCAGAUCUACCAGCUGGAGAGGAAACAGGUGGUCGACAAAGACAGGUUGAAGCGGGAGAUGGUGUUACGAGUCAACCAGGUAGCGGCCGAGUUCCGCAAGGUCUCCAACAAGCAGAUGGCGGACACCACCAAGCGCACCAUCCGGGAGAACGUCAGCAUCCACGCCCAGCUGUCCAAGAUGUCAGACAAGACCAUGGAGCUGAUCCAGGAGAGCGAGGAGAUCCAGGCCAAGGAGAAGAAGCAGCGGCAGCAGCUGGACAUGCUGGAGACUAACGAGAAGGAACUGGCUAAGAAGAACCACAGCAAUCAAAAGGUGAUCCGGAUGCUGACGGAGAAAGCCAAGCAGCAAGAAGGCCUGAUCAUGGACCUGGAGGAACGGGAGAAGGAGCUGAUGGAGGUGGAAUCCGAGGUGAACCUCCUACGCCAGCAGACGGAGUCCUCCCGGGAGGAGAUGCAGUCCAUGGGCAAAGAGAUGGAGCAACUGGAGGACCGCAUCGAGCUGAUGGAGAAGGAAAAGAAGGAGAUCCUCAAAAACAAAGAGCGGCUGGAGAGGAUACUAGCCGAGGCCGCUUACUCCAUGCACAGGAUACUCACUUCGAGGCCGGAUGAUGGAGAUAACGACGAUUCACUGGAUGAGGAAGGAAUCGAGAAGCGUGACAGCAUGUUGGAGAAUCUCCUGGUCAUCCUCAACAGCGCCGCGGCGAUCGGCGUGGGCCCCUCACCGGCCAGCUUCCUCAAAGACGACGAGAUUACGUACCACACCAAGAGCAGGCAGUCCACCAUCCCUGGCUCCGGGAAAGGAUUCAAACCAGGGUAUUCCAUCCUCUCUCCCAUCGGCCAGGGCUCACUGCCUCACUACAAGCUGGGUGACCUUGGUCUGGUACCUAGACCCAAAGUGACCUCAUUUCCAUCCGACAAGAUCAGGCAGUUAUCGGCCACCAGCCGGCUGAACAGACUACACGGGAUAAAAACGAGAUCCGUGGGAAUACAGUCAUCCAGUGGUCCACAAACUCUCUUCUAUUCAGAUCAGCUCCUGGGAGGGGGAACAAGUGCCGCUGCCUCUGCCAUCGUCAAUGAGCUAGCCAUCAAGGAACGUCGUCACCUAGGACCAGUCAGAGUACCUGGAAAGACCUCCAAUUCCCUUAGUUAAAGAAACACUUUGUAAAUUACAAAAUUACAAUAUUGGGUUUUGUACAUCAUUGCUGUUACGUAGGCCAACAA